CCUUGCUGCUGUCCCCGGGGGACGACGACGACCCAUGCAGUGCUCUCUUCCCUCCUGCUUCCUCACUGUGGUGGCUGGGCUAUUUCUCCCAUGACUCUCUGCGUCUAGACCUGGCUGUCCUGUGCCUUUGCCAAUCAAACCCGAACUUCCUCUUCUAACAGUGAAGAGAGGGGCUCCUGCCCUUCUGGGUCACUUUUCUUCCCCUCACUUUGACACCAAGCCGCCACCGCUUGUGCUUCCCUGUGCCCUCUGCCCCCGCCCUGCCCGUCCUGGGCACCCAUCACCCAUGGACGACUCGGAAGUGGAGUCGACCGCCAGCAUCCUUGCCUCUGUCAAGGAGCAGGAGGCACAGUUUGAGAAGCUGACCCGGGCGCUCGAGGAGGAACGGCGCCAUGUCUCAGCCCAACUGGAACGAGUCCGGGUCUCCCCACAGGACGCUGGCCCGGGCUUGGCCAACGGCACUCUCACCCGGCGGCACCAGAACGGCCGUUUCUUGGGCGAUGCUGACCUGGAAAGGCAGAAAUAUCCAGAUCUGAAGCUCAACGGGCCGCAGGACCACAGCCACCUCUUGUACAGCACAAUUCCCAGGAUGCAGGACCCGGGCCAGAUCGUGGAGGAGACGUACACCAUGGAGGAGGAUCCAGAAGGGGCUAUGUCAGUUGUGUCUGUGGAGACAUCAGACGAUGGGACAACCCGGCGUACAGAGACCACGGUGAAGAAAGUGGUGAAGACUGUGACCACGCGGACGGUGCAGCAGGUGCCGGUGGGGCCUGAUGGGUUACCUUUGGAAACCUCCCCCGUCACCAGCAACUACGUCCAGACCAUGGACAGGAACUUCCGCAAGAAUGGCAAUGGGGGCCCUGGCAGCUACCUGAGCCAGCCGGGCACAGCCACUCUCCCUCGUAACUACCACUAUCCCGACGGCUAUGGCCGCCCCUACGAGGACGGCUACCCGGGCAGUGAUCACAGCUACGGCAGCCUGUCCCGUGUCACCCGCAUUGACGAGCGCUACCGCCCUUCCAUGGACACCUACCGGGCCCCCAGCCGCCAGGACAUCUAUGGCCCCCAGCCUCAAGUGCGUGUCGGGGGCAGCAACAUGGACCUCAACCACUUCCACCCCGAGCCAUACGGCCUGGAGGAUGACCAGCGCAGCGUGGGCUUUGAAGAUGUGGACUACGGGCUUAUGUCUGACUACGGCACGGCCAGGCGGGCAGGGACCCCAUCUGAUCCUCGGCGGCGGCUCAGGAGUUAUGAAGACAUGCUGGUGGAUGAAGUGGCCCCUGACCGGUACUACUGGGCCCCCCUGGCUCAGCAUGAGCGGGGUAGCUUGGCUAGUCUGGACAGCCUGCGGAAGGGAGGUCCGGCCCCAGGUAACUGGCGCCAGCCAGAACUGCCGGAGGUAAUAGCCAUGCUGAGCUUCCGGCUGGAUGCCGUCAAGUCCAAUGCAGCUGCCUACCUGCAGCACCUCUGCUACCGUAAUGACAAGGUGAAGACGGAGGUGCGCAAGCUGAAGGGCAUUCCUGUGCUGGUGGGGUUGCUAGACCACCCCAAGAAAGAGGUGCACUAUGGUGCCUGUGGAGCCCUCAAGAACAUCUCCUUUGGCAAGGACCAAGACAAUAAGAUUGCCAUCAAGAACUGCGAUGGGGUACCUGCUCUGGUGCGCCUGUUGCGGAAGGCCCAUGACAUGGACCUCACAGAGGUCAUCACAGGAACACUGUGGAACCUGUCCUCGCACGACUCCAUCAAGAUGGCCAUUGUGGAUCAUGCACUGCAUGCCCUGACUGAUGAGGUUGUCAUUCCCCACUCAGGCUGGGAGCGGGAACCCAAUGAGGACUCGAAACCCCGCCAUAUCGAGUGGGAGUCAGUGCUCACCAACACCGCCGGCUGCCUUAGGAACGUGAGCUCAGAGCGGAGCGAGGCCCGUCGGAAGCUGCGGGAAUGUGACGGGCUGGUGGAUGCCCUGAUCUACAUCGUCCAGUCUGAGAUCGGCCAGAAGGACUCAGACAGCAAGCUGGUGGAGAACUGUGUGUGCCUGCUGAGAAACUUGUCCUACCAAGUCCACCGUGAGAUCCCCCAUGCCGAGCGCUACCAGGAGACACCUCUGGCCCCUGCCAACAACGCUGGGCCCCAUGCUGCAAGCUGCUUUGGUGCCAAGAAGGGCAAAGACGAAUGGUUCUCCAGAGGUAAAAAGCUCCCAGAAGAUCCUGGUGCUGAUACAGUGGAUUUUCCCAAAAGAACAACUCCAGCCAAAGGUUACGAGCUCCUCUUCCAGCCAGAAGUGGUCCGGAUAUACAUCUCCCUUCUAAAGGAAAGCAAGACUCCAGCCAUCCUAGAAGCUUCGGCAGGAGCCAUUCAGAACCUAUGCGCUGGCAGUUGGACGUAUGGCCGGUACAUCCGCUCGGCGCUGCGCCAGGAGAAGGGACUCUCUGCCAUUGCUGACCUCCUGACCCAUGACAGCGAGCGAGUGGUGAAAGCAGCAUCUGGAGCCCUGCGCAACCUGGCUGUCGACUUGCGUAACAAAGAGCUGAUAGGUAAACAUGCCAUCCCCAACCUAGUGAAGAACCUGCCUGGAGGCCAGCAGACCCCAGCCAAAAACCUCUCUGAGGACACAGUGGUGUCAAUCCUCAACACCAUCAAUGAAGUAAUUGUAGACAACCUUGAGGCUGCCAAGAAGCUGCGGGAAACGCAGGGGAUUGAGAAGUUGGUGCUGAUCAACAAAUCUGGAAACCGCUCGGAGAGAGAAGUCAGAGCAGCUGCCCUCGUCUUGCAGACAGUCUGGGGAUAUAAAGAGCUGCGGAAGCCCCUGGAGAAGGAAGGCUGGAAGAAGUCAGAUUUCCAGGUGAGCCUGAGCAAUGCCUCUCGGACCCAGGGAGGCAACUCGUUUGAUGACAGCACCUUGCCUCUCAUCGACAGGAACCAAAAAACAGACAAGAAAUCCUCCCGGGAGGAGAUCCAGAUGAGCAACAUGGGACCAGACAACUAUUCCACACUCAAUGAGAGGGACCACAGCAGGACACUGGACCGAUCUGGUGACCUCGGAGAUAUGGAGCCAGUGAAGGCAGCACCGUUGAUGCAGAAGAUCUAGCUGCCGUCCCCACCUCCACUCAGUUUGGGUUGAUAAUAUAUUAUAUAUAUAAAUAUAUAUAUAUAACUCUUCAUGAUGAAAUGGACCAACUUUUACCUUGUCUUAUUUUUGGAUUUUUUGCUGGACUGUUUGUGCCAACUAGCCAGCCAAAUGACUGGGCCUGAUCCCUCAGGGGCAGCCCGGGCCGCUCUGCCUCCUCUAGACCGCUGCACCUCCCUGUUUUGGGACACCUCAACCAAUAACUCUUCCUCCCUGUCCUCCACCACCUCCUUUCUCCAGAGAGUAAAACCCUCCUGCCUGACUCUGCCGGAUCGACCGGCGUGGAUGCUGCAAAAGGACUCUGGAUCUCUGCCUUGACCAGGAACUGCCUUCUUUCCCAUGCCUUCCCUCUGGAGACGUCUGCAGGGACAGAGACUGGGACCUCACUUGCCGCCUUUUUUGUUUGUUUGUUUUGGGGGUUUUGUUGCCUAUAGGAUAUAUUUUUGUGCGGGAUUGCUCUUCAGCCAGGGCUGUGGGGACAACAGGAGCAUCCCUCCCUGGUGGCGGCAGGACGAGGGUGAGGGGGGCUGGAGUCAUGGGGGGGUGAGGGGAAGGAAAAACAGCAAUAAGUUCUCUUGCUUUGCUCUAGAUGAGGCUUUGGGGGCAUGGGAAGGGGGAUCUGGCUCUGGAUCCUGUGGAGGGGUCUGGAUGGGGCUGCUGGCCCCCACCCCGUGACUGUGUGAGGAGCAAUCCUUAUGUGGGGAAGAUGGUCAGUGUGGGGGGCUUGGGCUGGGCCUCCCCGUGCAGGAGGCAAUGGGUCCCUGUGGAAGGAGGAGAUGCGGCAGGGCUUUUGGGGAGAGGCAGGCUUCUUGGGGUGCACUAUGUGCCAGGCCUGAGGAGCAGGCGCUGGCGGGGCUGCAAGUGGGUAGAGCCAGGAUCCCCUCUCUCACCCCCACGCACCAGCUGCCUGUGGCGGUGCCCCUCUGACUUUCUCUUGACAUGUGCCUUUCUUUUGCCACUGUGAAAUAGCUCUUUUGAAUCGUACUGUCUGGCUUCUUUGCUGGGCAAGGGGUGUUUCCUGGGCUUCCAGCAGGGCUGAGCGCUUCCCUUCCCUGCUGGGAGCCUUAACUGUCUGCAGUGGGGCUGGAAGCCUGUUUUUGGGGGGAUCCCAGCCACCCUGCCCUCACUGAUAGGGUGCAGGGCUCUCAUCUGCAUCCUGUCCUGGGGAGACUAGGUUGCCACAUGAGCUAGGACAUACACAUACUCCUCCUCUUCUCUGCUGUGGUAGUGGGGAGCACAUCUAAGUGCUGUGAUCUUUUGGGGAGCCCUUGGGCUCCCUAUGCAACUGGAAGCCUCUGUAGGAGGCUGCAAACUGGAGCGGGAGCCCUCCCCAGCCUGGGGCUCCCCCUGAACCAUGGGCUCAUGUGGGGAGCGGGGAGGCUGCAGCAGGCAGAACUGGUGCCUUGCUCCUCCCUGCUCCUCUACCUGAAAGCACCUCCCAGCUCUGGCUGAGCCCUCCCUGGCUCCAGCCCCACCUCAGCUCAGUUUGGUUUUGUUCUGGGGUCUAACUUCUCUUUUCAUUUAAAUAUGUAAAACACUAAUUCCUUUUUUAAUUUUUAAUUGCAAAUGAACCAAAAAAAGGUUACCCCCUUCUCUCCUCCCCUGCCCUGGCUCUCCUGGGCCACCCCUGCCCUGGUGGGGAGUGGGGCUAGGGAGGAGGGGAGCAGGGAGCAACAAGCAGUUCCUUGUCUGAUUCCUGUGCACACUCUUGUAACGCUUUUAAAACAAAAUGAUUUUUUUAUAUAAAUAAAGUUUUUAAAGUGUG